AUGAAUAGAAUAGCCUUCAUAGUCCUAGCGGUGCUGCAGCUGCGAGUCAGCUUGGCUGCCUGCGAUACAGCUGACUACUCCAACAGCAGUCCAGUGGAACUGCUCCAAGCUUACAUACAGAUCAACACAACUACUUACAAUGACUUAUCGGAGGCAGUGGAAUUCUGGAGAAAAUUAGCCGUAUUAGCCGACGUGCCCAUCAAUGUCUACGAGAUAGUGGAAGGUUUCCCCAUUGUUGUGCUGAAAUGGGCAGGAGCCGACAGCAGCCAACACAGCAUAAUGCUGAACUCACACAUGGAUGUGGUACCCGCUGCACUUGAGGACGGAUGGACUUACGACCCGUUCUCUGGCCACAUAGACGAGAACAAUGUCAUGUACGGCCGGGGGACACAAGACAUGAAAUCCGUGUCGAUACAGUACUACACAGCUUUACGCAGACUGAAGGAAAAUAAUGUCACGCUACUCAGAGACGUGUACAUGACUCUUAUGCCUGACGAGGAAGUCGGUGCUGAAGCUGGUAUGAUUCCUUUCCUCGAGAGUGAAGAAUUCGCAGCAAUGAAUGUGGGAAUAGAAUUAGAUGAAGGUACCUCUUUCCCAUUGCCUGUCAUUGCAGUCUUCUAUCAAGACAAAGUUGUGUGGCAAAUUAAGGUUGACUGUCACGGCGUAUCUGCACACGGAUCCACUUUCCCGGCCACGAACGAAACUGCUACUGGAAAGUGCCGCAACGUGAUGAACAAAUUCUUUGAAUUCAGAGAUGAGCAGUAUGAGUUAGCUAAAGUUGCACCCCCUAAUGACGCUGGCGGUUACACUUCUGUCAAUAUUAACAAAAUUAAUGGUGGAACAGCCAACAAUGUGAUUCCGAGCCUCAUCAGUCUCACCAUUGACAUACGUUUGGGUACAACUGUUAACGAGGAACAAAUGGAUGCAAAGAUUCGUCAGAUGAUUGCGGAGUCAGGAUCCAACAUAACAUUCUCAUACAUUUUGAAGAACCCACAGUCUCCAGCUACCAUCGUGAAUGCAUCAAACCCCUACUGGAAUGCUGUAACCAGUGCAGCAGAAGAACUCGGCGUACAAUUGUUGGCCACAGUACCUCCUGGCUCCACGGAUGCUCGGCACGUCAGAAACGCUGGUUACCCAGCUUUAGGUCUCUCUCCUAUGCCUAACACAGAACUUCUACUGCAUGCAGUCAACGAAAGGCUCGCCAUGGAUACCUUCCUGGACGGAAUCGACCUUUACGAGAAAAUUAUUGAUAACUUAGCUAACAUCCCUGCUGAUUAUACAGCUGAAGAUGGUACUGAAUAUCUUAAAGUUACUGCUAGAUAA